CAUAGUUAUCAGCCCCCCUUAAAGAUCUGCAACUCUUUCUCUCUCUUCUCUCUCUCUCAAGAACACGCGAAGCGCGUGAGGCGGUGGAUCUUCUUGUCAAAGUCGUCAGCUACAGAAGGCUGCAGAGGUAGACCAGCGUCGUCUUCGUCUGCAGUAGAAUCCAGUGGGAAUGGCGAAUCGAGUAAAAGAAGAUGAGAAGAAUGAAAGAAUUAUUCGUGGUCUGCUUAAACUUCAAGAGAAUCGAAGAUGCAUUAACUGUAACAGUUUGGGACCACAAUAUGUUUGCACAAAUUUCUGGACGUUUGUUUGCACAACAUGCAGUGGAAUACACCGGGAGUUCACUCACCGAGUGAAGUCAAUAUCAAUGGCUAAAUUUACUUCACAAGAAGUUAGUGCUCUUCAAGAAGGGGGAAACAAGCGUGCAAAGGAAAUUUACCUGAAAGAGUGGGAUCCACAGCGGAAUUCUUUUCCAGACAGCAGUAACAUCGAAAGACUUCGAGAUUUUAUCAAGCAUGUUUAUGUGGAUAGAAGAUUUAGCGGUGAGAAGAACCAUGACAAGCCCCCUAGGGCAAAGAUGGGUGAAGAAUUAUAUGAAAACAGGAGAACAGAUUCAUAUCAAGGAGGGUCUAGAAGCCCACCAUAUGAGGACAAUGAACGUCGUUAUAGUGAAAAAUCUAGUCCUGGAGGAAGGAGUUAUGAUGGAGGAAGAAGCCCUGGAUAUGACCAAGAAAGCCGGCAGUAUAGUGAUUAUAGAAGAAGUCCUGCCCGCUCUGAGAUUGUCAAUGAUUGGCGCCGAGAGGAUAGGUUUGGGAAUGGAAGGAGAUCUGAAGAACGUAGAAUGUCUGAUGGAGAUUUGAAGCUGGAAGGGAGGUCUCCUGAACGGCCAAAAGACCCAGAUUCAUCCAGCUCCCCUGUAGUGAGGCCCGUUAGGGAAAUUUUAGGGGAGAACACAAUACCUCUUCGUAUUAGUGAGCCUCCAAAACCUGCUGCCAGGAUUGUUGACGCCUCUGCACAUACACAGAGGACUGCAUCCUCUAGUAGCUUGGGAUCCACCAAUGGGAACCCGGUGGAAGUUAAAUUGGAGGCUACUGGCAGUUUAAUCGACUUUGAUGCUGAUCCUGAGCCUCCUGUUGUUGCUGCAACACCUCCUCAACAAUAUACCGUAGCUCAUUCCACUCCACAACCAGCAAAUUCAACAAAUGACAGUAACUGGGCCUCAUUUGAUGCAUUCCCCCCUGCAAAAGUGUCUCAAGCUCCUAAUGCCAACCCAUUGGAAUCUGUACUAUCACAAUUGACAGUUUUGGAUCCUGCCUCUGCUCCUGUUUCUGGAUCAUCAGGCAAUGUGGCUACUGUAACAACUACGGUUAACAACUUAUCAUCAUUUCCCCUGGAUGGUGUGUCAGCAGUUGCCCCAGGAUUGGCACCAGCAUUGCCAGUUAAUGGUGGUAAUACCCUUGUCAAUGUUUCUGGUGCUACACAUUGGCCAACUGUGCAGCAACAGCAUCAGCCACAACAGCAACAACCUUCUUUAUUUCCUGCUGCUGGUAAUCAGUCAACUGCUCAACAAUUUAUACAAUCUGUUACCGGACCUUCAAGCAAUCAGCCAUGGAAUUUAGCACCUGCCCCUAAUGCACAAGGGUUUCCGAGUACUUCAAUGGCCCAGGCACCCUCAGCUUUUCCAAAACCUGCGCACGAGUUUAAUUCUGUCGUUACAUCGCAACCUCCUGCUUCAGAUGUAAAAUUGAGUGGAAGAAACGAACUGCCCGAGGACCUUUUUACCUUGAGCUAUUCAGCCUAUCGUGCACCAGUUCCUGGGUGGCAAACUGGUCCACCUGGUGGUAUGGGGUAUCCAAUGCAGUACAAUCCCGCAAUGCCCAUUCCCACUUAUCAGCAGUCAUCGAAGUCAACAAACCCAUUUGAUCUGAAUAGUGAUCCUCCAGUACAAGUCCCAGCAUUUCCAUCCAUGGUGCCCUUGCAAAGUGCUCUACCAAAUGUGCUGAAUCCAUCUGGCUUGCCUCCCUCAGGCAUGCCACCAUCAAUCAUUCCUACUGUAGGCGUGCCUCCAUCGAGCAUGCCACCAUCAGGUUUAAUGCGUACUUCUAGCCUUGGUGCCCCAUCAUCUGCAUGGAUGCCCCAGUCGUCAGCAUAUACAUCAGUUUUCCCUCCCCAUGCUCCUUAUGGAUCAGCAAUGCCACCGAGGGCCUACAUAGGGCAACAAGUUCCGGGUAACAUGCCAGCUUUCGGACAUCAAGGAGUUGGAGGAGGUGUUGCUGAGGGUGCAGCUUUUGGCUCCGUAAAUACCGAUCAGCAGUUGGGUGGUAGAUUCUCAGCACCUACUACCCCAACUCCUUUUCCUUCCGGAGGGAACCCAUUUGGAUAAAAGCAAAGAACGAAGCUCUUUAAUUCCUUUUAGGGUAAGCACCAUCUUGCUGCUGCCUCUGUAAUUUCCGGGCUGAAGUUUUGGUUCUCUACAUUGUAGUGUCUAAGUCGCAUGAUCCAGCCUGCUGACAAAUUUGAACUGUCCAUGGUUUAAAAGUCAUAAGGUCUGCAUUAGCCAUGUAAAAUUUGUUUGAUGUUGUAAGAAAAGAAGAGAGAGAGAGAGAGAGAGAGAGAGAGAGAGAGAGAGAGAGAGAGAGGAGUAUAUAGCUUAAAUGAAACGAAAGGACAAUAGCUUCAAAGGGGACAUAGGUUAGUAUUAUUUUUUAUUUGAUGCAGCUAUGUUGUUGCUCUUGAUAUUCUUUUAGAGCCUAUAAUUGGGUGAUCUGUGUGUUUGUUUGCUGCCCCUCGUAGUCUGUCCCUUCUUUUUCUGAGUUGUAUGAUUUUUCAACAUCUUUCCCCAUUACGCAUUGUUACAGUGGAA